GAUUUGCUUGUCUUAUUAUCCUACACAACACAGCAAAUGAUCUUUGAAGGGAGGGAACUAGUGUCCGCUCAGGCUCCCUCUGCGUUUGGUGAAGGCACAGCAGAAGCGCAUGGUAAACAGCCAGGUCAUAGUUUGCUCUCAGAGAUUAACAUGUGAACGGGCUCGAUCUUUUUUUUUUUUUUUCGUCAGUCUUAAUUGGACUGUGUUUAUGUUUGUUGUGUGUUUUUUUUUUCCUGCUUUACGUUACCGGUUCAAGGGGAAUCCGCGCCCGGAUUAACUCGAGGGAGAGGAUACGCGCGUUUGGAGAGAGCGCAAGUUUUACGCCUGAGUUUGGAGAGCGGACGCGCUGUAAUUAGAACCACACCUUUGAUUUUACCAAAGAGGAUCCGAAGAUGAAUGGCACGGACAUAAUUUGCGGUUACAACCAAACAAACAACUUCACCGACCGGUCAUGUGUGAACUCAACUCCCAUACCUUACAGUCACAUCGACAUCACCACCUUCAUGCACAUAUUCCCUUCAAUCUAUGGAAUCCUGUGCUCCGUCGGAGUCAUAGCCAACGGGCUGGUUAUUUACGCGGUGGCUGCAUGCAAGAAGAAGAUGGUCUCUGACAUCUACGUGCUCAACUUGGCGAUAGCAGACAUGCUGUUCUUGUUGGUGAUGCCCUUCAACAUUCACCAGCUGGUCAGAGACAGACAGUGGGUUUUUGGAAACUUUAUGUGUAAAGCGGUUGUUGUGGUGGACGUCAGCAACCAGUUUACCACAGUGGGAAUAGUUACCGUGCUGUGCAUUGAUCGGUACAUAGCCAUCGUCCACCCGAGCUCAGAGAAGAGGACCGUGCAGUGGACCAUCCUCAUCAAUCUGCUGGUGUGGCUGGGCAGCUUCCUGCUCACCGUGCCGGUCAUGAUGUACGCCAAGGUGGUGCGCCGGCAGCAUUUGGAGGUGUGCAUGAUGUACCUGGACGGGCCCGAAGACAUGUACUGGUACACCCUCUACCAGUCUAUCCUGGGCUUCAUCAUCCCCCUCAUCAUCAUCAGCACCUUCUACUCGCUGACCCUCUACCACGUCUUCAGCUCCAUCCGCCGGGUGAAACGCAAGCAGUCCGUGUGGGCCAAGAGAGCCACCAAGAUGGUCCUGAUGGUCAUCGCCCUGUUCCUGGUGUGCUGGUCGCCCUACCACGUCAUCCAGGUGGUGAACCUCAGCAACAACACGCCGACCGUCGCCUUCGUCUACGCCUACAACAUCAGCAUCUGCCUCAGCUACUCCCACAGCUGCAUCAACCCGCUCAUGUUGCUCAUCUUCGCCCAGAACUACCGCGAGCGCCUUUGCCGCAGGAACGUGCUGCACAGCUCCCAGCACUCGUCCAAGGUGACCGUGGUCAAAACGGACGGCUCGAGCACGACGAACGACUCCAACUAUCGCUGUACUGUCAUCUAAGAAGGAAGAGCCCUUUCUUGUACAUACACACGUAGAUGUUUCGCUGCUUGCCACAAAAGGAAGUAGGUCCAAAGAGCGGUGUUGUCUCUGAAGUAAACUGAUACCACAAAAAGAAAAAGUUGGUUCGAAGCAUGAGCACUUCCAGCUCAGCCGCCGCCAACUGGGAGCUUUUCAUUAACCUUUAUCAACCACGGGCUACAUCUUGUGCCACGCCGGUGUGUGACAGUACUGAAGUGCAGCUUGAGAGCUCUGUGGCGGGCAAAUAUUAGCAUUUUGUUGAGUGUGUGUGUGUAUGUGUGUGAACUUGUUGUGAUAUUUAGAAGGUGGGAGCACGAGUAUGAGCCAACUCCCCGAGGGCUUACGAGGAAAUUCAAAUCCACGGCACAGCUGUAUGAGCAGUUCGACGGAUAAAUUUAGAACUGCGUCUUGUAACGUCUUCAGUCGGAAGAGAUGUGAACAGCGGCGAGACAAUUACCAGCACCACUCUAAUUGCGAUUGGGGUUAAUGAUUUGUAACCGAUAGCUUUAAUAAUGGUUGCCUUAUUUACCGACAGUUCAUAGAUCUGUUAUCUGACGUUUGUCAAAUUAAGUAGUUGUAAAUGUUUCUAAUCUGCUAAUAAUGUCUCAUAGGUUUAAUUACCAACCAGGUCAACUCUGAUUAAAGGUAAUAGAUUAAUUAAUCAGGUUUUAUAAUGUCGCGCAGACGCAAUUUUCCCUUCUUAGAAAGCCAAAUUGUUAUUUUUUUUAUUUCAGAAUAAAGCAAAUUAUUUAUUAACCAUUUCUAAAGCAUUAGUCACAGCCGAUAAACUAUUAGCUCCUUUAGACUGUGGAACCCAGAUAUAUAUAUAUAUAUAUUUUUUUUUUAUCUCCAACUGGAAUUGAAAGCACUUAAACGCCAUUUUAUGGCUCUUUCGUGGUCGUCAAUCAUCAGAAACACGGUUAAAUUGUGUCUUUACUUUGCGGUGCUCGUGACAGCUCAUUCAACAAACAUUCAAAGUCAGUUUAAUUACAAAUCACUGCACAAGGUGUCUCAUGAGCACUCGAUAAUGACUCUCACGCCGCUAGUAAUGGGAGUGAACGGUGAGACGUGUUUGUUUUAAAGGUCGCAUUUGGAGAGGAAUGCGGUUUUAGCGUGAGGCAGAACUUCUGUCUGAUUUAGACUGAAGUGUUGGAAAAUGCAGCGUUACAGACACCAGCGACAGCCGAUGUCUCACCGAAAUCAAGAGCUCUUUCAGAUCAUUAAUGUAGCUCUGUCCACAACAAUAUUCAAUAGGAAGUCUUUUAUGUCUCUUUGUUCUCAAGCCUCCAGAGCUGGGGAUAUACUAUGAUCUAGCAACACACCACACAAACGCGGUUAUCCUGUUAUCAGAUGGGAGUCAAGUAAAGGCACAUACAUAAACAUACAUAAAUAGAGAACUGAGCACAGCCUUAAUACUUGGGAGAAGACUGGCUUUAAUGAUGGAUACUAUGAAGCAUACAAUCUCAUAUUUCAAUAUAGACAUUUAGUUUGUGUUUUAGGCGUCUGGUGGUAGUCUGAAGUCUUGGUGUUUAUCCUAAAAUGUAUUUUGAAUGUCUCCUUCAGAUUGUGAGUUUGACGUGUAUUUUAGUGACACAGAGCUUUUUUUUUUUCAUAAAUCACAAGACAAACAGAGCCGCACUGCAGACAACAAAGACACGGUGAAGGCCAGGCAGUGCUCCUGCGUCAUUUACCUGGAUUUGCAUAACGAAAAGUGAGACUAAAUGUGCAGGAAACUUGCAUUUGCGUCACCUUUUGAGUCGUUUACAAAGAGUGCGGUAAAAAUCUGGAAUGACCUGAUAACUAAUGAAUCGUCAGCGAGUGGCAGAAUCGCUCUGAACUGAGUGAUGUGUAGUAGCUAGAGGAAAGAAAAAACACAGGAUGAUCACCGUGACAAACUUCCUCACCCACAGAUAUGUUGUGAUGGAAAGCUGGUCUGGAUUGCGCUCUGGCAAAAAUCCGCUGGGCCAGUUGCCAGCUGACGCAAACUAGUCAUCAGACAUAAACCACCUGAAGCAAAAUGCGCACAUCAACAUUAACACCACUAACUCGGGAAGUCAUCGACCAUCUUGUGACAAUGCAAUGUUCUGCUGGGAAACUAACUGGAUUACUUAGACAGGCCCCCCCACCCCACAGCUAGGACACACUUGGUGGCAAGCGUGCACACAAAAAACUGUUUAGGAACAACUAAAAAAAACACGAAGAACAGCACAAGGUGUUGACCCAGCCUCCAAAUUCAUUAGAUCCCAAACUAAAGAACCCCCAAUAACAACAUCCUGUUGCCAGAUACCACAUUUUCUGAUGAGUCACACCUGUUGUGAAGGCAAAAGGGAGACCUACACAAUGUUAAUGAGGUGGUCAUAAUGUUAUGCUUGAUCGAGGUAGAGGAUCGUCAUUUAAAACUAACAACAUAUGUGUGGCUAUGUUCUGGAAAAAAAUACUGCGGAGAGCCUUAUUCAUACCCGAUCCCUCUGCCACUCCUUACCCUAACUCAAUCACAUUUUGUCGUACCAUAUUGUAAAGUGUUAGCAAGUUUACAGCGCCACUGGAUACUUCAUUGUGAUAUACUGCGUGUCUUGUACAUAGAGCGCUACGGAGUGCCACCACGCCGUCGUACGUGUGGUUCUUGUCUGUGCUGCGUGCUUUGACCAAGACUGGAUUACCCGCUGGGCCCCGGGAAUCGUGUGUCCUGUCUGACACGCAGACUAGUACUCGAUACAGACUGAACUACGCUGGGUUAGGGAACAAACGCCACAGCGGAUCGGCGGAUCGAAACAAUCAAGGCCGAGUGUCAGGGGGAAAUGGGAGAGGAGCAGCCGUCUGCUGAGUCGUGCGUUUUGUUGACUCCUUCAUCUACCCUGACCUCCCCUCCUGCUCGCCCUCCGUCUCCGGGAUUUGGGACCACUAUAUUGCGACACUGCUGCGGUGAGAGUAAUAAGCCGCGGCGGCUUUGUCUCUGUCUUUAUCAGACAUUGCUUUUUGAUAUUUGCGGAAAUGACUGCUGCUCAGCUGGGAGGAUGGUCUCAUUUUCACGCACGGUGAUAAGAAACUGACCUUUAUGUGCGAAACUGGAGGAGAUUCCUUUUAAUCCUCGUGUGUCGAUAUCCCGCUUACAUGCUGCAUAUUCCUGAACACAUCUGAGUGCAAUCAAGAGCUUAUUUUUGUUGCCCUGGGGGACCCUAUACUGGGUGAAUCCAGCCCUGAAUUUGAUAUGUUUGAUAUUGUUUGUUUUUUUUAAUGUUGCUGUGAUGUUACUGUAUUGAGCAGCCGAUGAAGUCCCUCUAAGCCUAUGUGGUUGUUGUAGUCUGACGUUACAAGUUAUAACAUAUUCAGUAUACGAGUGAUGUCUAAACGUGAAGGUUGCUUAUAAAGUCAGACAUAUUGUAAAGUGUCCUCGUAUGCUUAUGAUUGUUUUUCACGUCGUCAUGGACAAACUGCAGCCUGUACUUUCUCUAAUUCAAUAGAAGGCACACAAACUGCCACAGAGACUUCUUUCAGUUUUUAUAUUUCGUACGCCAGGGCUCUUGUUCCUUCCUUUAACGACCAUGAAGAUGGAUAAGAGCCGGUGAUUGGUGCAGGGGUAAUAUUUCACAUGUGUGUGUGAUCAGCCACGUCAAACAAAAAACACUUUGCUAUUUACGGUCAUAAACUCUCGUGACUGUGGAGGGAUACUGGGGAAGCCAGCUGACACCGCACAAAGGGGCCGGUUGAAAACAAACGAGUGCCACUUAUGGGAUCACGGGCGUCCAGUUGCCUCAGGUUAAAUGUGACGUGAAGCCAGAGUCGGAGCCUGGACGCCGCACAAAAGUGAACCGUCGACACCGUCCGCUUCUCACGUUAGCGACAUCGGAUUCAAGCUGCAGGGAGUUUUCGUCAGCUUAAUCAAAUUCCUCCUGAAGUCGUGAUGGCAAAUUUUCGCGAUGCUGCGUGUUCAAGGUUCGGUGCACGGUCCAAGAAAAUCAUCAGGGAGAGUGGAAACAGCAGUUUUGUUUUUCCUUAUGAACAGAAAUUGCCUCAAGCGUUGGUGUAGAGGAGGGAGAAACGUCUGUUUGGUUAGCUCAGCGCAAUCUGAGGGGUGUAAACACGGAAAAACAACUAAAAUGGCUCGGGUCAGUGUCAGCCAGUCAGGGACCUGCAAAUAUGACGAGCAGAAAGUCCAGAAAGUCACAGAGGUGGAGUCGCUGUUUAAUCAGAAAUAGGCACCAUUUAAAGAGUUUACACUUCUGUUUGUACACAGAUAUUCAACACAAUUAAUCAGCGACCGUGAAAAGUAAUUGUAAGUAGAUAUUUAAACCCUUAGAUGGAGACAGGCGAUCCCUCCCCGUUUCCCUUUAACUGUCUUCUGGCUGCAGCUGAAAGUGAUUAAGAGCAUUUCUGAAAAUGUCAGAGUCUUUCAGACCUGCCAGGACGUAAUUAGAUAUCGAACUGUCGACCUUAAUUAAACUGGCGGGACGGGAUCAGCUAAAGACAAUCAUCUCAUAGAAGAAAAAAGCCGGACAUAAUUAAAUGGCCAAAUCUGAGAUUCAUUUUCUAAUUAAACUUUCUUUUCUUUUUUUUUCUUUCAUAUCUCUGCCUGAAAUCAUGACACAAACAUGUCCAGAAAAACUGAAACAGAGAGAGAGGACGGGUCCGUUCUCCGUGUAUAUAGUUAAAUCUGUACCUUCCUGAGGAAAAUGUACAUUUUUAUUUUGAAUGGAAUCUGUUUUUUUUAGUUCCAAUAAAAGUGAAAAGGAUUCCUGCUCUUUUUUUUUUCUUUUUUGUGCAUGGAAACUUGCCUCUGUCAGUUCUUCUUGAGUGUGAUUUCAUUCGCUUUCUGCAAAGUGAAAUCUUACGGCGUGUGUGAUGAUGUGUAUAACAUGUAAGAUGUUCAUUAUUAAAGGUGUAACAGUUCAA